AAUGAUGCAAAGUUGUGUACGUUAGUUACGGUCCGUCACAACGUACAAAAUAGAACUUUGCUUUAGCAUUAAUACAGGUUGAGUGGGGUAGUUAGGUCUACAUCGUCAUUUGUUCACGGAAGUAAAGAUCACAGUCUCCAGUCUGCAAAAAACAGCUUAACACUGAGUUACCCGAAACCAUCAGCAUGACUCUUUAUAUGCCUCCUUUGGCAACCAAAAAGCGAGGAGGGAUGCAGAAAUCUUGUCCAGACACAAAACGUGUUUUUGGCAACUACGAAGAAAAUCUCCCAUCCGCUCAAAGCCACUACAGCACAAUCCACAGCAAUGUCCCGGCUGGUGGCAAAUUCAAGCUGGCCGAGCCCCAUCCCCGGUCCCCCACCCGUCAGCACAACCCUCACCCCUCCCAGGUGGGGUUCCUCUUGCAAGACUGUCGUCUGCUCCACGAGCCCAUCUGUGACGUCAAGCCGCGACCCAAGGCAGCCAGCCCCGACACCGAGAGUAACAUGUGGUGGAAGUGGCGGGCAGGCAGCGGGGAGGAGACUGUAGAGCGGUCAGUGCCCAAGUACAGCUACAACUCCACCAAUCGGGAUGAGCUCCGCAAACCGGAGAAGCCACAGCAGGGACAGACGAGGCAUGGGAGUAACCCAGGCAGUCAUGCCGCCACAGGCAUUGUCCCAGUAACAAGCCUGCAAUCGCAGAGAGGUCCUCGCUUAUUGGUCGAACACAUCUCUUAUGACCACCAGUAUAACAGCAGGACAAACCCUAGCCAUCCAAUCAGAGGAAAGAGACAUGGGACCUUUGUGUGGGACUGUCUCCAUCCAACAUCACCUCCCAAGCUGACGACCGUGACCCACAAGACAAAGGUCCUGGCUGCACCCUGGGCAUCCAACACUCAGGAAGAUGUAAUUGGGAACUCUGGAAAGCCCCCCUCCUCCCCAUUGUCUUCCCAGACUGGCAGCAUCAAAUGUCAAGAAACUGUGGGGUUGGGCACCCUUGCAUCCACGGUGCCCCAGCUUACAGAGCUGCCUCCCGUUGCAUCUUGAGGGAUUGUGGUGAGGCAAUGCCCAAUAAAGAGAGUUUUUGCAGUCGGACAGUACAUAAAGACUGUCCUUGGAACGGCCAGCAACUCCAUCCACAUACGUUUCCUCUUGUCCAGUGGCAGGACAGUUUGUGAAAGCUUGACAGCAAUCUUUGCUAUCUGUCAUGACAAAAUCAGGGCUCCAUUUCAUGGUGCUGCUAAGCACAUCAUUUUACGCCGUUAAACACUUUUAAACAGAGGCUCCGCAGAUUUCAUGGAGACCAUAAGCAGUAAGCACAGCAAAGGGUGUGCUUACCUAGAGAGGAAAAAUUUGCAAAUCUCGAUAGGCACGUGACCGCUAGCACAACCACACCAUGAAAUAGUGCUUAAGGUUGCAAAAUUUUCUGCUAUAUAGUAAACACAACUUUUCUGCUAACUGUUUACAUGUAGCUGUGCCAAGAAAGUACACCCUAAUCUGUCCUGCUGGGCCUCAGCACCCAACUUAAUAGCAGGAAAUCCUACUUAGCAAAAUUGUGUCCUAAGUAAACAUUUGAAGAGCAUCAGCCACAAGCAAUAAACAUACAUGUACCAUGGCAUUUUUGGCCGGCAACCUGACUUUGCUUGACAAACGUUCCUUUGCUCAGUGAAUUUCUGCAGUUAGCAGUUCUCUGAAAUUAGCCUUAUUCAAAGGUUGGCUAUAUUAAUUUGAAAGUCUGGUAAACUUUAUGUUGGGAACUUGAGCAUGAACAUAAAAAUAAAAACCAAUAAAGUAACAGUUUAUUUCACGUAUCAUUUAUGCUGAUAAAUAAUUUGAAAUUUGUGAUUAUUCAUAUAUAUCUAGAUGUUUCAAGCCUCAUUUUAAGAAAUGAACGGAACAUAGUCUGGCACCAUCUCCUGUAACACAUAGCAUUGAAUAACAUAGGUUCAGGGAACAUGAUAGAAAUUAACUUUCCUGUGAGUUCCCCCCCCCACCACCACCUGAGUCCUACUACACAAGGAAACGGGACAGACUACAGUAUUGAACUUUGAUUCACCUGUGAAAUGAGUUUGUUCAUUUUGUUUAUUUGCAACUUUGAAGUAAUGUUGUCUGAGAAUCUCAAUUGCACCUGGUAAUAAAGUGCUCUUGACAAGGUGCCAUUUAUUUCAUUCUUGCCAAAGACAAUAAUGAAAUAGCCUUUUUAUGUUUUGAAUCACAGCAUUUGAAAUGUUUAUUUUUAUUUCUAAAUUCUCAUGAAAAGAAGUGACCUUUAUGUGACCGUUUUAUAUAAUUGUAUGAUAUGUUUCUGCAUGAAAACAGUUAUUUCUGUGUGCCAGUAGAUUUUGAUCAACUUAAAACUUUUCAAGAAUACUUUCCAAAUACUUCAAGUGAUAAAGUGGAAAAAUGUUUUGCAGUAUACAUGUGUAUUACUGCUUCUACCACAAAGUAAUUGGAAGUGAUUCCGUGUAAACUGCUGUUGAUUUAAUUUUUGCAUUUUACUACUUACCAAAUUAAAGUACAUUACAAAUGUGCUUUUGCAAAAUGUAGCACAUUUUGAAAAUAUCUUCGAAAAAGGUUAUGUAUAAU